UCCCCUUGGUUCCAACCUCCAAGUACAGACUACAGAACAGAGGUAUCAUCGUCAUCAUCAGCAACAACAAAAGCUAAAGAGUCAAAGCCCUCAAGCCCCGAGACCCUUCUUCUCCUUCACAUGUCUCUCUAAGGUGGUAAACUCGCUUUUGUUGAACAUAAUAUGGUGAGCAUGCCUUUCAAAUGAUGUUUAGCUUUCACAGCUUCGAAUAGCAGCUUGAUGCUGGGAGCAGUAUGCUGGUGAUAGUUGGGAGAAAUGCAAAGGUAUCAUGCUGCCAGCUGUACUAGUGCAGUUAAUAACAGUGCAAUAGGUGGGCCAUCAGCUCGGGAUACUGCCCGAGCUGAUUCAUCUUCAUUGUCAGCUAACUUUGCCUUGAAUCGUAGGGAAUAGUUUAGAAAUGGAGAGAAAGCAGAGGCAUUUGCGAUUGCAGUUUCUGCAUGAAGAACAAAGGUCACAAACCCACUGGUCAACUAGUGCAAACAGCCAGGAAUGCUGGGUAUUCAUCUGUUUUGGAAAUGCUGAAUGUCAAAGGUCCUGAUAAUUUGUGUCAAGAAGAGGUUGUUGAAAUCAUGGGUGAAACACCAAAAAAGGCGGUUGCUUCAAACAAGGGACCUGAAGUGGCUUCACCGAGAAAAACGGGGAAGGAAAAUUUUUUUGGUGGAAAGACUGAUGCUGACUUGAAUUCUCAAAAAUUGGAAACAAACUGUAGUGAGAAGAAGUCAAAGAAAACAAAGCAGGAAGGAGAUUGCUCUCAUUUAUGGUGGCCAUCACAACUAACUCUAUACAAGUUGAAGUGUGAUAAAGAACCUUUAAAUUCCCGACUUGGGCCACCUGACUUUCACCCCCAAACUCCAAAUUGCCAUGAGGAGACUCUCACCCGAGACUAUGUGCAAUCUGGUUACAGGGAGACCAUCAAAGGAAUUGAGUAGGUCAUACAGAGUUAUUACUAUGUCCUGGUUUGUAGGAAGGUAAAUGGCUUGUUUUCCAAUGGAUGACUAACAAAGUCGUGGGUGGUUUAAGAAUUCUUGAUUUUAAGGGUGAAUACCAUAAGAUUCAAAGCCAUGGAAUUGUGGUGUUGGCCAUGCAUGUUUGCCUUCUAACAUACUGUUGACAACAAUCUCAAUUCUUCUGUAUUCUCCUUCGGUGGUUAUUCUCUUGCUUGGUUUUACUUGCUGGGUGUGCUAGGAAACUAGCGAGAUCUCAUUAACUCAGGUUCAAGCUUCUACUAAGCCUUUUAUCAUCAAGUGCAAAGAGGUGAAUCACUUAGGCUACUAUAGAAGUCUAUUUUCUCUUACUGAGCAACAAAUUAUUGCUACUAUUCUUUUCCACCAGAAUCUGUAGGCUCAUGAUUUGUGACUGUUUGCUCUUCUUUGCUGGCGAUCAGAAAACGUCUUAGGGCCAUCAAUGAAUCUCGUCCUCAAAAACGGAAGGCUGAUCAGGUUUAUGGUGUGCCUCUUUCUGAUUCACAAUUAGCUAAACCCGAUGUCUUUCCUGUACAAAGACCAUGUGUUGGAGACUUCCGGAAGAAAUGGAUUGAGGUCCAUUGGGCUAUCCUGUUUAAUGGAGAGAAAGUAUUGGUCAAAGUUUUGAGACCUGGACUUAAUUCUGCAAAUGAAGAUUGGCAAGAGAAGCUUGAGAUGGAAAGAAUGAAGCAUAAUGGAGAGAAAGUAUUGGUCAAAGUUCAGAGACCUGAUCUUAAUUCAGGAAGGGAAGAUUGGCAAGAGAAGCUUGAGAUAAGACAAAUCAAGCUUGAUAUGGAAAUUAUGAUAAUGGAUACAAGCGGCUUGACUCCGAUACAACAAGAAUAUUUUCAUUUACGCCAAAUGGAAAUUCUUGAGAAUUGUCUAAAUAGUCAUCACCAUUGGAAUGUAUUUCUUUAAGUGACCUAAUCAUGCCAUUUUUGUAUUGUGCUAGGAUUCUGUCAUUUCUUGUUUUCAAACAUUUUUAUUUUCUUGUUAA